AAAACUAGUAGUCUUAGUAUAAUUUGAUGUACAAGGACCUUCUUAUGGCUCAAAAAGUAAUAACAAAGUCACUCGGUGUAAUCUCAUUAUGUUCGAUUACAGUUAAACAUCCUUCUUGACUUUAAAUAUGGAUUUGGAUGCACGUAGAUGUAAAAUCCUACACAGAACUGACCCCUCGUUCAUCCAAGAUCACAGCUUUACUUGAUGCCGUUACACUACCGACUACCGACUCCGCCACUUUCGUGACCGCAGCAGAAUCGACAAACACGAGCUACCGACUCUGAAGCGUCAGAAUUGGGAUAAAGUGCGGCUGAUGGUGCGCAGAUCCAAGAACCCAGUUCAUCAUAUUCACGGUGACUACGGUUUAUACUGGAAUCUCAUUUUUUCUUUGCACAGCAAAUUUUGGUCUUGCUUGUUACGCCCAGGCCAUUGCAGUGCAGCACAGCUGGAUUGAGGAGACACGGUACGUUAUGAGGCUGGGCGCAAAAGCUUCGUCGCACGAUCAUCUUGCCAGACUCAACUUCGCCAAGUUCUGAAAUUGUGACGAUCUAGAGGAGUUUGGGGAGGCGAUUAACUAAGAUGUUGACGGAAGGGUGCGAGGAUGACACAUACAAAACAGGUUCUGGGGAUCGCAACUACAUCGCGCCUGAACUCGGGGAGUUCAAUCCUACGAAGCCUAAACCAUGGAAGCCCAAUGGUCCUGUGAAGAUCUUGCAGCCGGAUGGAGUGUGGGUGCAUCCCCAUGUGUAUGGCAAGAAGAGAAUUCUGCGGUUUCCGGUCCGACCGGAGGUUGGAACUGGACCAGAUGGGAAGGAGGUGAAGUUUCGAGAGUUUGAGAAACCUUUCUAUCGGUCGAAUCAUCUCAACCCUUUGCCACCUGAACAAACGCCGAGCGAUUUUAAGACCAAGUACAUUGACCCACUUGCUCCGGAACGCCCUGAUGCUCGGGAUUGGACUCAGCGGGAUCCGCAGUACUCAGUCGUCCCCCAGAAGUGUUAUAAGUGCAAGCCUGGGCCGCCGACACACAACAGGCUGCACAAAGCUGUUGCGUCGGGCGACAAAAAACACUUUUGCAGGGUCAUUGAUCCAGAGGGUCAUCUCCACAGGAAGAAAGGAGGAGGAUGGAUGUGCCGAAAAUGGGCCCCGCGGGGUCAGCUGUGGCCCCGCGACGGCAAAGAUUUGGUCCCCCGCCAUCUCAUCAAUCACUCACCGAAGGAGUGGGAGGAUCAUGUCGCGGAGCAAGAACGCAAGGAAGCAGCGGAAGAUGAAGCCUUCCAGAAGUUAAUGACAGAUGUUUUUGGUGUAAUGAGGUGCGAGGGCGGCGGCGUGGUGGAGGAAGUAAACAGUAUGAUAGCGCGGGAGAAGAACGUCCAUGCCGACAAGCAAGCGGCCAUGUACAAAUCGUGGGAGAUGCACGUCUACCAUAACAUUCAGGACCAGAUCGGCGAAAAACUCAGGAAACUUUCCCCCGAUCAGAUUUCGAGUAAACUUCGGUACGAGCAAGAUCGGUAUGCGAAGGCCGUUGGUAAUCACAAAAUAUUUUGCGAUAUUAUGAAUGACGCAUACAAUCCCUUUGAGUUGUCGAAGUCGAAAGAAAAUUAUGUGCACUACAAUGUCAAGAACCUCAUCGACCCCAUGAAGCAUGACCUCGAGAAGGAGAAGAGGGAGAAAGUGUGCAUGGGCGAGCCAGUGUUCCAGAAAGCGCAAUGCAAGGAGACUCUCGAUUUAUGCCACUGGACUCAUGACCAAUUUAGGACUACGAUGCACGGCCACAUCAAUGCUGAUGACGAAGAUGCAACGCGGAAACCGAGAGUGAUGAUUCCUGGAAAAUGGUAUUCCCGACCUGUAUUCUGGAAUGGAGACUGGAGAUGGCUGAAAGAAUACUGGAAUGAAUCAUUCCCAACAGGAGGAAAAGCAAUGCCACCAAAACCACCAGAUAAUUGUGAAACUUUACCUCGCAUUGAGAAGGAUAUGGUGUGGGACAGCCCGGUGAAGAGCCAACGGAAACUGCAGAUUUCGGUAGAGAAUCCCGGGUUCUAAGUGAAUUUCUGAUUUCCAGCAGGGUCACCAUUUAGCUGAGUGUUGCAGCAAUCUAAAAAGAGUACAGCCACAUACUCCAAGCGAUGUUGCUGCAGAUUCCAGACAAGAGAGUCUACUACCCUGGAGGGUUCAUGUAUUAGGGUUCUGAUUUUUGCACGAUGCAGUUUUUCCGUCAGAACUGCGGUUUAGAAAUUUCUCUAGCAAUCAGAGAUCGAGUAGGUGAUUUGCUGACGUGAGAGUGAGGUAUUUGAGUGCACAGAUUAAUGAGGACUUUCGAUUUCUAUGGGUACAAUGCCCGUUUGCAUGGUGUUCAUUUCUGCGUAGUGGAAUUCAGGUGAGAUAAUUGUACAUUUGUCAUGAUCAAUUCCCUCUGCUCGACGAUAUCUCUCCUUC